CACACCGCGCUUGCUGGCAACGAGACCCUGGGCAACGUGUUCGCCCAGCCCACAUGGCAAGUGUGCCUCUGGGCAAUCGCCUACUCGGUCAUCGUGCUGACCGCCGUGUGUGGCAACGUGAUCGUGGUGUGGAUCAUUCUGGCCCACCGGACGAUGCGGACGGUCACCAACUACUUUCUGGUGAAUUUGGCGGCGGCGGACGCCUCCAUGGCCGCCUUCAACACCGCCUUCAACUUCAUCUACGCCGUGCACAACGACUGGUAUUUCGGUCUGCACUACUGCCGCUUCCAGAACUUCCUGCCCAUCACAGCCGUGUUCGCCAGCAUCUACUCAAUGACAGCCAUUGCCUUGGACAGGUACAUUGCCAUCAUCUAUCCCCUGAAGCCGAGACUGUCAUCCAGCUCAACUAAGAUAGUGAUUGCUAUUAUUUGGCUCCUGGCGCUGGCUCUGGCAUUCCCGCAGUGUUUUUAUGCUCGGAUAGAGCAUUUGGGCAGCAGAGUGAUCUGUAAGGUGGACUGGCCUGGGGAUAUUGGAGGACAACAUCAACUGACGUACCAGCUUGUGGUGAUAGUACUGAUUUACCUAAUGCCACUGAUGGUGAUGGGAGUCACGUACACAAAGGUGGGACUAACAUUGUGGGCCAGUGAAAUACCUGGAGAUUCAACAGAGAGAUAUCAUGAGCAGCUAAAAGCGAAACGAAAGGUUGUAAAGAUGAUGAUCAUCGUGGUGUUGACCUUUGCAGUUUGCUGGUUGCCUUACCAUUUGUAUUUCAUCCUGGGGAGUUUUAAUGAAGACAUCUACUUUGAAACCUACAUCCAGCAGGUGUACCUGGGAAUAUUCUGGCUCGCCAUGAGCUCCACUAUGUACAACCCCAUCAUUUACUGCUGCCUUAAUAACCGAUUUCGCAUCGGAUUCAAGAGAGCUUUCCAGUGUUGUCCCUUUAUACAAUUCAGUAGACAUGAUCACCAGGAGCUAACAAAAGCAAUGAGCUUCCGAAUGACUCGAAGCAGCAGUUACACCACCAGCAGAAUGGAGAUAAUGGUGACCAGUCACAUUGGUACCAAUUGUGAUGAAGCAGAAGAGACAAAGGGAGAACUCUUCAGCUCCGGAACUGUUCUAUGA